AUGGAUGUCGUCAAAGCCGUUCAGCACUAUGUGGAGAAAAUGAUCAGCGACGUGCCUGGCAUGAAGGUGCUGCUCCUUGACACAAUGACGACGCCUAUAGUAUCUCUUGUCGCGACACAGUCCAACCUCUUGACAAAGGAAUGCUACCUUAUCGACCGCAUUGACAACCGCAACCGAGAGAAAAUGAAGCAUCUCAAGUGCAUUUGCUUCCUACGACCCACACCCGAGACACUGCGAUACCUUAUUGACGAGCUACGAGAACCAGCUUAUGGAGACUAUUACUUGUACUUUAGCAACACCGUGCACAAAGCCGAUAUCGAACGAUUAGCCGAACUUGAUGAUCACGAGGUGGUCAGGGAAGUGCAGGAAUACUUUGGUGAUUACCUUGCCAUCAAUCCAGAUCUCUUUUCGUUGGGUAUGGAAGCGGGUGACAUUUUUGGUGAUUCGGCUACCAGCUGGAACAGGGAAGCAUUUGAUCAAUCGGUGCGAGGCAUUUGUUCAGUACUCUUGAGCUUGAAAAAGAAGCCUGUCAUUCGAUAUCAAGGAGCAAGUGCAAUGGCAGCUGAACUUGCCAAUGAAGUCCAGAAACAAAUCCAACGAGAAGGGCAAUUGUUCGAUUUUAGGCGACCUGAUACCCCACCCAUUCUUCUCAUUAUGGAUCGCCGCAACGACCCUGUGACCCCUCUGCUGACACAAUGGACUUAUCAAGCGAUGGUGCAUGAAUUGAUUGGUAUUCAUCAUGGGCGAGUGGACAUGUCCAAUGUCCCGGAUGUGAGGAAUGAGCUCAAGGAAAUUGUCUUGUCGCCUGAUCAAGAUCCAUUCUUCAAAAAGUCCAUGUACCUGAAUCUCGGUGACUUGGGUGCCACUAUCAAGCAAUACGUGGAUGAAUAUCAGACCAAGACCAAAUCCAACAUGAACAUUGAAAGCAUCGCCGAUAUGAAACGCUUUGUGGAGGAUUACCCUGAAUUCAGAAAGUUGUCCGGCAACGUAUCCAAGCAUGUGGCUCUAGUCAGUGCGUUGAGUAACCGUGUCUCUCAGGCGCAUCUUCUCGAGAUCAGUGAAUUGGAACAAGGGUUGGCUUGUAAUGAGAAUCACAACAACGACCUUAGAAGCAUACAACAAAUGAUUGAGAGGAGCGAUAUUUCAGAAGAUGCAAAGAUCCGCCUGGUGUUAUUGUACACGCUACGAUAUGAACGCAUGCAGAAUAACAGCAUCAAGACGUUGGUGGAUUUACUUGAUCGGGCAGGCAUUAGUGAAAAGAAGAGUGCGUUGAUCCCUGCUAUCCUGAUGUAUGCCGGUUAUCAGCAGCGACAAGAUGAUUUAUUCUCCAAUCAAACAUUCCUCUCUCGUGGCAAAAGUGCACUCAAAGGAUUGAAAGGCGUGGAAAACGUUUAUACACAACACACACCAUUGAUCGGGGAGACAUUGGAUAUGCUUAUCAAAGCACGACUUCGAGAUACGACCUACCCAUACAUUCCAGGGCAAGCACAAGCAGUACGUGAAAGACCUCAAGACAUCAUUGUGUUUAUCAUCGGUGGCGCCACAUUUGAAGAGGCACGUUACAUUGCACAACUUAAUGCCGCUACCCCAGGUGUACGGAUUGUACUCGGUGGUACCACCAUCCAUAAUUCUACCAGCUUCAUGAAACAAUUGGAUCGUAUUGGUCAAGGUUAUAUGACACCAUCACGUCGUGUAUAA